AUGACGCUCACUUCAGUCGAUGCCCCUGGGAAUAAAGUUCAAGGGCCUCAACUUACAAGACUGCGCGCAGACGUCGCCCGUCUGUUAGGCCGUUCCAAUCAUAGAUUCCCCGGUGCAAUGCCCGCGAGUCUUUGUCGUAAGCACAUACACGAGCUGCAGGAGGAAGAUUACUUGGUUUGUGAGAAAUCAGAUGGAAUGCGCCAUCUCCUCUAUUUCACCCAAGACCGUUAUGGAAACGAGUCCCAGUAUUUCAUUAACAGAAAAAACGAGUUCUGGGCUGUACCCCGAGCAACGUUUUUCUGUCCAGCACCUCGUGAAAGACGAGGCUUUCAUAUCGACACCCUUGUCGAUGGUGAGCUGGUCAUGGAAAAGACGGCUUCCGGUGAGCUCGUGGCCAAAUAUUUGGCUUUUGAUUGUUUAGUUCUUGACGGAGAAAGACUGAUGAGAUGGACGCUCGAUCAAAGAUUGUCACAACUUCGACAAGAACUUUACAAUCCAUAUUGGCGUGCAUUUAAGGAGUCGCACAGACGGUUUGGGCCCCAGCACUUCUCCAUGGAAUUGAAGAAAAUGGUCAGCUCGUAUGCUGUCGAGCACAUAUUUAAGGAGAUAAUACCGUCGCUUGCACAUGGUAAUGAUGGUCUGAUUUUCACCUGCCGAAAGUCAGGGUAUAAAUUUGGGUCCGAUCCAAAGAUUCUCAAGUGGAAACCGGAAACUGAAAAUUCCAUCGAUUUUCGCUUGCGCCUUGAGUUUCCGCGGACUCAGCCCAAUAACACUGGCUCCAGAUUUGGCAAAGCGAAGCAUUGCGUUAAACUCGAAACUCUUCCCAUCUUUUAUUUGCUCAUCAAUGCUGGAGAGAAAGAAGGCGACGUACAAUUUUCCACCAUGCAUGUUGAAAUGGAUGAAUGGGAAGCAUUUAAGGCAGAAACAAAGCCAGUCAAUAAUCGCAUUGUCGAAUGCUUCAUGGACGAGAAACAGCGCUGGCGUUACAAGCGGUUUCGCGACGAUAAGAUCAAUGCCAAUUACACUAGCACAGUGGAUAGUGUGAUUGAAAAUAUCACAGAACGGGUCACCAGAGAAGACCUUGAGAAGGCGGCAUCGAAUAUUCGAAGAAAAUGGAUGCAGCGGGCCGAUCGAGAGCGCAGAAGUCAGGCUGAAAACACUAUCUCACGGCCGAUGAGACAACGGAGAUGA